AUUCCAAGUUUUUUCUCUUAUCAGAUUCUGGAAAAUCCUCAUUAUCAUCAUCACAACAAAGAAGAACGAAGAGAAGAGUUUGAUUCUUUCCAAUUCCUAAGAAAUGUCUCUCUCUGCUGCCGCUUCGUCUUCUACUGCAAUCUCUGCUCGGACCUUCUCCUCUGACCUCAAAGCUCCGCAGCUAGGUUCGUUUCGCGUGCCGAACCAGGCGGUGACGUUUUCGCAGAGGUGGAGCUCGGUGAAGGCUGUGAAUGCUCAGCCCAAGAGGAGCGAUUCGAUUGUGCCGCUUGCGGCCACGAUUGUUGCGCCUGAGGAGGUUGAGAAAGUGGAGGUGGAGGACUAUGUGAAAUUGGCUAACGAGCUUGGGAGUGCUUCUCCUCUUGAGAUCAUGGACAAGGCUCUUGAGAAAUUCGGCAACGACAUUGCUAUUGCCUUCAGUGGAGCUGAGGAUGUUGCUUUGAUUGAGUACGCACAUUUGACCGGUAGACCCUACAGGGUGUUCAGUUUGGAUACUGGGAGGCUGAACCCAGAAACAUAUCAGUUCUUUGACACAGUUGAGAAGCACUAUGGUAUCCACAUUGAAUACAUGUUUCCUGAUUCUGUGGAAGUUCAGGCAUUAGUAAGGAGCAAAGGGCUUUUCUCUUUCUAUGAGGAUGGACACCAGGAAUGCUGCCGUGUGAGGAAGGUGAGGCCCCUCCGAAGAGCCCUCAAGGGUCUUCGUGCUUGGAUCACUGGCCAAAGGAAAGAUCAAUCUCCAGGUACCAGGUCUGAAGUUCCUGUUGUCCAGGUUGACCCCGUUUUUGAGGGUUUGGAUGGUGGAGCUGGCAGCCUGGUGAAGUGGAACCCAGUUGCUAAUGUCGAGGGUGUUGAUGUAUGGAACUUCCUUCGUGCCAUGAACGUGCCUGUGAAUUCACUGCACUCCCAGGGAUACAUUUCAAUUGGUUGUGAGCCAUGCACAAGGUCAGUCCUACCGGGACAACAUGAGAGAGAAGGAAGGUGGUGGUGGGAGGAUGCCAAGGCAAAGGAGUGUGGUCUUCACAAAGGCAAUCUCAAACAGGAAGAUGGUCAAGCAAAUGGCAAUGGAAAUGGAGCUGCCAAUCCCAACGGAACAGCCACACCUGACAUUUUCACUUCCCAGAAUUUGGUCACCUUAAGCAGGCCUGGAAUAGAGAAUUUGGCAAGACUUGAGAACCGGCAAGAACCUUGGAUUGUAGUACUCUAUGCGCCUUGGUGCCAAUUCUGUCAGGCAAUGGAAGCAUCAUACGAUGAGUUGGCCAACAAGUUGGCAGGGAGUGGUGUGAAGGUAGGAAAGUUCAGAGCAGAUGGUGAGCAAAAGGAGUAUGCCCAGAAAGAACUUCAACUCGGAAGCUUCCCUACAAUACUUUUCUUCCCGAAACACUCUUCUCGGCCAAUCAAGUACCCAUCAGAGAAGAGGGAUGUUGAUUCGCUGAUGGCUUUCAUCAAUGCCCUUCGGUAAUGGAACUUUUGAAAUGCUUAUAGAAACUAGUCUAGUAAUUUCAAAACUCAGAAGUUCAAGCUCCAAGCCAUCUCUUCAUGCCUCAAAGGGGAAGUCAACAUUCAGUUGGCAAACCAGCCAGAGUCAAAAGAUAAAGCUUCAUUGAUUCUUCUUAGAAUCGAUGUUUAGAAAUUGUAUCAUGUUUAUGUUUUGUAUCGUGGGUGCACUGUAUUUACCGUGUAUUCUCACCUGAAGUCACAGUCCCUUUGGGACAGAUAGGUCUUGUGCUGUUUAGGGUAGAGAUCGUCUUGUAUGAGUCAGUUUUGAAUGUUGAAUUGGAAAUUAUGUUUCUUGUUCAAUGUAUCAUAUUUCAGAGUAUUCACUUC